AUGAAUGACGUUACACUCGUCAUUCGUGGAGAGGAGGUUCCGUCACGAAAUGUAGGCGGUGUUGGUUUUGUUGUGCACCCAUCUGUCGUCCAUCUUGUCGAUUCUCACGAGAUCCUGUCACCUCGUCUGGCCAUUCUUCGCCUCCGCCCUCUGCGCCAAAAAUCCAUCAGUAUCAUCAACUGCUACUCACCAAAAUCAGCAGCUGAUGAAUCCGAAUUGGACGCGUUUUACGAGGAGCUGGAGGAAAGUAGUUCGCAACGAGAAGUUCUUCUACAAAUUCGUUGUCGGAGACUUCAACGCAAAACUAGGAAAGGCCACAGAAGAGGAAAACAUGAUUGGAAGAUUUGGACUAUGGGGCCGGAAUGA